CUGAUUGGCUCCGGGUUUCAGCUGCUUCGCUGGAACAAAAGGUCAAAGUGGACUGCAGUGUAAAUGUGGAGGCAGCCGAUAAAUAUCCUUGCCUGCAGCUGGAGGUGGAGAGGCAGCGUCAGCUGCAGCAGGUUGUGGGCUCCGCGGGUCCUGCACACCGGGCUUGGCUGGAAGACAUUGGGGGAUCCCGUGCAGAUUCGCACACGAGGAUGGCGUGUGAAAUCAUGCCGCUGCGAAGCUCACAGGAAGAUGAACGACCUUUGUCACCUUUCUAUCUAAGUGCUCAUGUAUCUCAAGUCAGCAAUGUUUCAACAACUGGAGAACUCUUAGAAAGAACCAUCAGGUCAGCAGUAGAAGAACAUCUUUUCGAUGUCAACAGCUCUGGAGAUCAAAGUUCAGAAGACUCAGAGUCUGGACCACCAUCACCAUCUUCCACACCCACCAGGCAUCAAGGGCAUCAAUUUAAGAAGCAGGAUGAUGUUUGGCAUGGCCGAGACAAGGAACUUAUCAACAAAGAGAAUAUCCCCUAUGGCUUCCACAGCUAUGAUGAGUGUGUUGUGAACAGCCAGGAAGCAGAAAGACUCCCGGAGGACACCUGUGACUGUGUCGGGGAAAGAAGUAAACCCAAGCGUCAGAAAUCCAGUUCCAGGCUCACGGAGCUCAGUGAAAAUCAUGAGGGGCUCCUGAACGUGGAAAGUCUUGGUUCUGUGCCGUCCCAUGGAAGACCAGGACCGGAAGCUGUUGAACUGAGAUCCAAUGAAAGCAAAGAAAAUGGAAGUGGUAGUGGAGACCCUCAGCAUUGUGAGAGCCCCGCAAUGAAGAUUCAGGAGCAUUCCAGUAUAUCUGACACCAAACAACAGAGGAAUCAAGAUGCCGAUGAGCAGCCGGAGAGCUUUGUCCCCGAAAUGCCCCGGUUGGACCUGACAGCAUUGUGCGAUGGGAAGAACUGGGAAGAGCCCAUCCCUUCCUGGCAGCAAGAGAAUGUGGACUCUGAUGAAGCCCGCCUCUCCCCACAGGCUGGGCGCCUGAUUCACCAGCUUCUGGAUGAGGAUAGUGACCCCAUGCUGUCCCCCAGGUUCUAUGCCUAUGGGCAGAGCAGGCAGUACCUGGAUGACACAGAAGUGCCUCCUUCUCCCCCCAAUUCCCAUCCUUUCAUGAGGCGGAGAAGCUCUUCCCUUGGGUCCUACGAUGAUGAGCAAGAGGACCUGACACCUGUGCAGCUCACCCGAAGGAUCCAGACCCUUAAAAAGAAGAUCCGCAAGUUUGAGGACAGGUUUGAAGAGGAAAGGAAGUACAGACCCUCCCACAGUGAUAAAGCGGCCAACCCAGAGGUUCUGAAGUGGACAAAUGACUUGGCCAAAUUCCGGAAACAGCUGAAAGAGUCAAAACUAAAGAUCUCGGAAGAGGACCUCACCCCCAGGACACGACAACGAAGCAACACGCUCCCCAAGAGCUUUGGUUCCCAGCUAGAGAAAGAAGAUGAGAAGAAGCAAGAACUGGUGGAUAAAGCCAUUAGGCCCAGCGUUGAAGCUACCCUGGAAUGUAUUCAGAGAAAGCUCCAGGAGAAGCGAGCAGAGUCCAGCCGUCCUGAGGACAUUAAGGAUAUGACCAAGGACCAAAUUGCUAAUGAGAAAGUGGCUCUGCAGAAAGCCCUUCUGUACUAUGAGAGCAUCCACGGGAGGCCGGUAACAAAGACUGAGCGUCAGAUUAUGAAACCUCUGUAUGAUAGGUACCGACUGGUCAAGCAGAUCCUGUCCCGGGCCAGUGCUGUCCCCAUCAUGGGUUCCCCCUCCAGCAAACGGAGAAGCCCUUUGCUGCAGCCGAUUAUCGAGGGCGAAACUGCUUCCUUCUUCAAGGAGAUAAAGGAACAAGAGGAUGCGUCAGAAGAUGACAGCUCCGCCAAGCCAGACUUCACUGUCAUGCUGAAAACAGACUGCGGUGCACACUGUUUUCUGGAGCAGCUUGAAGAUGAUGCUGAUGGAUUUAUCUCACCAAUGGAUGACAGAAUGCCAUCAAAAUGCAGCCAGGAUUCAGGCCUUUCAAACCUCCACUCUGCUUCCAUACCUGAGCUCUUGGAAUACCUUCAGGAAAUGAGAGAAGAAAAGAAAAUGAUUCGAAAGAAACUUCAUGAUUUUGAGGACAAUUUUUUCAGACAGAAUGGGAGAAAUGUCCAGAAGGAAGACCGCACCCCGAUGGCCGAGGAAUACAGCGAAUACAAGCACAUAAAGGCCAAGCUACGGCUGCUGGAGGUGCUUAUCAGCAAAAGAGAUGCUGAUUCCAAGUCCAUGUAAGGACUGCUGGUGCAGAUGACAGCUUUCCCAGGAAAGAUCAGCUCCGGAAGGCAGCCUCGGAGCUGGACCUAGGAAGCAGGCAGUCUCCUGCCUCUGAGCCUUCAGACUGGUUCCUGCUUCCAUUGCCCGCCUUAGAAACUGCCUGCGUGGAAGGCAACAGUGUGACCUGACUUAGAAAUUUUAUAAUGGGAGAGUCAGGACUCCUACCCAUAUCAAUGCACACUGCAGUAGGAACUUCACUGCCUUGAGCAGUGAGCAGACACACCGUCAGACAUAUCCAUCCAUCUACAGAUAACUUGGUGUUCUUCCCCGACAUCUGAGAAACACGAGGUCAUUGUAAAACUGUGACAAACACAAGCUCAGGACUUCGCUCGCAGAGCCUGCUUGCUGUGGAGGUCUGUGCUCUCCCUGGCCCCCACCACAUGGUGACCGUGCAUUGGCAUACCAUUCGCUGCCUUGGCUGUUUCCCAAGCUGUACUUGUUCAUUCCCAGCGAUGCAUUUCCCGUUAGUUCUCAGGUAGAUGGAGGCUGUACCUGCCCAUCUUGGCAGGGCAGUCCUUUCAUUGAUGUGCUCUCUCAGCUGACAGACUUUAAGUCCCUGCCUCAUACUUGCUUAUGCUGAGGACAGAGCGACUACAGACGUAGCUAUGUAGAUGCUAUCUUAAAAUCAGGUGACAGCUGAGGAGCCUAAACGCUCUUCAAGACACUGACUGCACUUUCCCGUCUCAGACAUUGAUGCCGAACACAGAAGAGGCCAGUGUUCCUGUGAUAACCUGUUUGGGGCUCAAUUUCGUUGUUGCACUAGCCAAACAAAGGGGUCUUGCUUAGUUUUAGACUAGGUAUAGAAUAUCAUGGGAGAGAGGAGUCUGUAUCAGGCUCCUGAACUUACCAGAGUUUAAUUUUUCUACGAAAGUCAACCUGCACUAAAAUCCCCACACGGAUGGGUAAGAAGAAGACGUAGCCCUCGGAGCUCAGUUCAUUUUCAAGGCAGAAUCUAGAUCACAGUUUUCAAGACGAUACAGAGACAAAAUGGUGUGUGGCCCAUCGUGAUGCUCUUUUUCCCCCAGAAGUCUGUGUCACAAAGCUGUCUAUAUUAGACAUUUUAGAGGGACCAGGGAACCUAAGAAACCCAAUCAUUCAUCUCUCCCGUGUGCUUGCUGUCACUCGAUGAUGUGGUGAUGCUUUUCAUCUAUGGUCUCUCUGAGGGAUGCCGGCUUGGUUUGGCAGGCACCUGCAUGAGGUGUGUGAAGGCCUUGCCUCUGGAAGACAGCAGCAGAGGCUGGGCAGGCAGCAGAGAGACGGCGUUCUGUUUGAGAGUCGCCUCCUACAGGGCACCGUGUUACGGAGGAGAACGGGACGUUGUAUCCCCAGUUGCAAAGAUGUCAGAUGAUUUUCAGCACUGCUCUCUUUGCUACAGCUCUGUCAUCGGGAGGCUCUUUCGGUAAUGGGGGUGGGGAUGGAGAACGCCUUCAGUUUUGCUUUUAUAAAUAAUCAUGUAGAAGCAUGAGCCAUGGAAAUACUGUUUUUAUCCACACACUUAAAGACGGUACAUAAUCCUACACAUUUCAAUAUACGUGAAAAUGUAGUUUGAUGUUCUUUGCUCUGCCGUUUCCAUUUGUUGAUUUUUUUCAAGAAGCUAUGUUAUGAAUAAAAUUACAUAAUACAGGAUUGUUUUCUAUCUCUGAAGCCUGAACGUCAAUCACUCACAUGACCAAAAAUGGUAUUUUAAAAAAGAAAUCCAUAUCUAGUCUGUAAUUUUUCAGUACUUUUUCUCCUAAGUAAACUGUGGGAUAACUCAAAUCAGGACCAGUUAACGUUUAAAGCACAUGGGCUCGGGAGCAUUGUUUUAAAAAAAAAAUACACUAGAGAUUUUUCUUAAGCUGAAUAUAAAUAAGAAGCUACUCGAUGUUUUGGAAUCCAUUGUUUGCACCAAAAGCAAAUGAACUAAAAGACUUAUCAGGACCCCCACUCCGUUUUAUGUGAUCGAUAAAAUACCAAGUUAUUGGAAAUAAAUCAUGUAUAUACUG